AUGCCCUCUCCUCCCACUGAAAAACGCCAGAGAGUCCGCACCAAACGAUCGCGCACAGGAUGCCGUACCUGUCGCGUCCGACGCAUCAAAUGCGACGAAACGCCCGGCGCCUGUACCAAUUGCACCUCUACCGGUCGAUCCUGUGACUACGACAUGCACCGUCUCCCCCCAACCCACGAAAUCCCCCACCUCACCAGCGCCCUUGCGCGUCCUCUCGCAGCCGGCUUCCGCUGGAAGAUGACCUCCGAUGAACGGCGCUGCUUCUCGCAUUUCCAGAACUACACCGUCCCGGGUCUGCUCGAGCUAUUCGAAUCGCCGCUGUGGCAGAGAGUCGUUCUCCAGAUGAGCUACUCCGAGCCCGCGGUGUACCACGCGGUCGUCGCGCUGAGCGCCGCUCAACAGGACAUGGAGGCGUACGGGAUGCCAUUGCCGGGCGAAACUCGGAACAGCGUGUGGCAGCAGUUCGCACUGGAGCAUUCCGUCCGCUCGUUCUCGCUGCUGAACAAGCGUCACGCGUCGCAGGACCCGACGUUCCGAGCCGUCAUGGUCCUCUGCUGCUUGCUUUUCGUCCUGCUGGAACUGCUCCAGGGCCAGUAUGACCGCGCGUGUCAGCAUCUGAACAGCGGGUUGUUGAUCCUGAAGGAGCUUAAGGCUGAUCGGAACCUCGUCGAGUCAACCUCCUCGCCCAUUGAGACGUGCGUGGUUGCAGCAUUCGCACAGCUGGACAACCAGUCCGCUUUCUUCCCGCUCCACGGUCCGGUAUUCUGCUUCGAUGACACAAUCAAGUGCCACCUGUGGCUGGAAGCCCACCCGUACGCAUUCAGCAGCAUCUACGAGGCGCGCCAGACCCUGGACCCUGUGACCAGCGGCGUCUACCGAUACCUGGCGGUAUGCUGGCCGCUAUCCGCCCGAGGCGUCGGCCUGAACUACCACUCCCUGCACCUGAAACAAGGGGAACUUCUCUCCCAACUUCAGCACUACGCGGAGGCCUUCGAGCUCUUCUGCGACAGCCCACACUCCCUCCGCAACGGGCGAGAAACCCGCGCAGCAGACAUCAUCCGCGUCGUCUACAAAACCCUCUCUCUCGCAGUCAAAGUCUCCCUCCUCCCCAAACACUCCCACAUCAUCGACCUCUACACCCCGGAAUACGCAACCCAACUUCAAUCCGUCGAAGACAUCAUGUCUAAAUUCCCCUCCCGUCCCAGCAUCAGCAUGGAGCCGUCCAUCGUUCCAAGCCUAUAUAUUAUUGCAAUGGGAUGCAGCGACUUCGACAUCCGCUUACGAGCCAUUGAGGCCCUGGAUGGCUGGCCGCACUUUGAAGGUCUCUUUGAUUCCCAGUGGGUUUCGCUUCUCGGGGUCGAGAAAAUGGCGAUUGAUGUGCUGUCGUUGAGAUAUGAGGGCGGGUCAAGUGAGAAGGAGUCUGACUCUGGCCAGGGUUCUGAGCAGGGGUCGAUCUCCGGGGAGGAAUUGAUUCGCUUGGAAGAGAGGAUUAUUCAGUUGAGAGAUCAUGUCACCAGGGGUCAUAAGCAUUCUCUUGAGGAGAUUGCUGCUUCCACGGCUUAUGUCACGGCUUGGCCGUGCGUAGCGCUGAUUCAGGAGAUGAAGGCACGGUAUAGGUGA